UUAGAAAGGUAGUUUUUCAAGAGGAUGGUGAUCGAUUUGGGACUCUUUCGAAACUGACAAACUAACGGAGAGAGGUGAACUUCAGUCGUGAGAAAAGUGGCAGCUACUACGAGUAGUGUCAGCUUUGUAUAUUUUGACAGUCUUGCAAGAGGAGGUAUCCAAACUGCAGGAUACUAUUAGGACUGCAUUCUCAGGAACCGAUUUGUUUAGAUGGUGAAAAUGGGAAAAGAUUAUUACAGCAUAUUGGGAAUACAGAAGGGUGCGUCGGAAGAUGAGAUCAAGAAAGCGUAUCGCAAACAGGCGUUAAAAUACCAUCCGGAUAAAAACAAGUCACCAAAUGCGGAGGAUAAGUUCAAAGAAAUUGCAGAAGCCUACGACGUCUUAAGUGAUCCGAAAAAAAAGGAUAUUUAUGAUCGUUUCGGGGAGGAAGGGUUGAAGGGAGGAAUCCCAGGUGGAGGCGGAGGUACAAAUGGCGCCAACUUCUCAUACACCUUCCAGGGCGACCCACAUGCCAUGUUCUCCGAGUUCUUCGGCGGACGCAACCCCUUCGAUUCGUUUUUCGGCCGCGGUGGCGACGAGGACAUGGACGUGGACGACCCGUUUAGCGCGUUCGGAAUGGGCGGCAUGGGCGGAUUCCCGCGCAGCUUCAACGUGCGAGGGGGUCACGGCGGGAGGGUGGAGAAGCGGCAGGACCCGCCCGUGACCUACGACCUCAAGGUCAGCCUGGAGGAGGUGUUUUCGGGCUGCACGAAGAAGAUGAAGAUCUCGCGGAAGCGUCUGAAUCCGGACGGCAGGACGACGCGUUCCGAGGAUAAGAUCCUAACGGUGGAGGUGAAGAAAGGGUGGAAAGAGGGAACGAAGAUCACGUUUCCCAAAGAGGGCGAUGAGACGCCCACCAACAUUCCCGCUGACGUGGUGUUUGUGGUGAAAGAUAAACCUCAUCCUGUGUACAGAAGAGACGGCUCUGACAUCAUUUAUCCAGCCAAAAUCACCCUCCGAGAGGCACUUUGUGGUUGCACAGUCAAAGCUCCCACGCUGGACGGCCGGUCCGUUACCAUGGCGACGCAAGACAUCGUACGGCCAGGGAUGAAGAGGCGGCUCACGGGGGAGGGACUUCCUUUGCCCAAAUGUCCCGAUCGCCGCGGCGACCUUGUGGUGGAGUUUGAAGUGAAGUUUCCGGACAAGCUCAGCCAAAGCGCGCGGGAGACAAUCGCGAAAGUCUUGCCAACGUCCUGAGGGGAACUGUUAUUCUACGCGAAACAGAGCGAAAUAAAGCCUCUCCCCCUCCAAAUGCGUACGUGCUCCAGGAGCUACUCGCCUGCCAAAACCCUGCGACAUACAACCUAUCAGCUUCAGGAGUCUGUUAAACUGCCGGACUCUUGUACGCUUUGAACAUAGGCUGACUCCCUCAUCUAAGAUGCCGUGAGACACGCCUGUGUGUGUGUGUGUGUGAUUCCUUAUUAUUGUAAUUGUCUUUUUCUUUUCUUUUUUUUCCCUUUGUAUUGUGAAGGUUUGCAGGGGGGCGUUGUGCUCUGGACAUUGAAAGGAUGAAUUCAGUCAAGAAUUCACUCGUAGUGAUGCAAUAUCAUUGCAGUCUGCCUACCUAACACACACUGGGGAGAGUUUCCAGUGAAAUGGGUCAAACGUAUUAGCGGAGGAAUCAUCAAGCACUUGGUUUUCAGAUUAUCGCCGGGGGAACAGGAUUCUUAGAUGCU